AUGAGUGACCCGGCUUCCAAUCAUUAUUGGGAAAGCUCUGGCGACGUCCUGCAGGGGAUCAUGGGCACUCGCGUUAUCUCGACGUCCUCCCACUCAGACCCUUCAUCGGACGGGCUGGCAGCGCCGUCCGACCUUGCUCUGGGUGACCCGACUUCUUUCCUUGGAAUGCAGUUCAGCUCGGAUCCGGACAUCUUUCCUCACGACCAUGCGUCUAUCCUGAAUCCGUGGCCUUCCCAUCACAAUCUGCCAUCGUCGCCUUCGUCUCAUCGGUUCGAUUAUCUCCAGUAUCGCCAUGCACGACUGGUGAAUAAUCAGGAUGCCUGGAGCCCACUCCAGGUGACGGCAAUGUCCGUCAACCCGAUCCAAUUUGACCUUCGGCAUUUUGGGGAGACGACGCAGAUGGGCGGGUUUGAUCGCAGGCACUCCACCGGCCAGCAAAGCACGCCUUCUGAAAAUGACAGUCAAUACACGGGCAUCCGCCCAUCUGACUCCGGGUACGGUACGCACAGUUGUGCCUCGCGCUCGGUAACAACGUCAUCCCAAGCCUUCGAGCCAGCCUACAGCCCGUCUCUUGCACCCCAUGAGCUUGAAUCGGAGGACAGGUUACCUAAUUGGGACCUCAACGUCCAACGCUACGGCGAACAAGGAUGUGAGGUCCCGGAGAGAAUCGAAACGCAGCCUUUUAUCUGCUCUGAUAUAAUCGGAUGUGAUUAUUCAGGUUGCCCAUGGACUGGCAAGUGUCCUUCCGACAAAAGGAAACACGAAGCGAGGCAUCGGAAACUGUUCAAGUGCGAUGAGCCACAUUGCCCCCGAAAAGAGGGGUUCGGGACGAUCAAUGACCUUGCACGUCACAAGAAAUGCGUUCACAAACAGGAUCCGGAACGCGGUCCCAAAAUGCUGUUCAUGUGCUUUGGGCACAACUGUCCGCGCAAAGACAAGAGAUGGCCCCGGCUAGAUAACUUCCGCCAGCACCUGACUAGGAUGCAUCAUGAUGAGGACAUCGAUGAUUUGCUGAAAAGGUCGCAUGAGUGGUAUGAGACGUACAUCAAGCCGCAAGAAAUGACAACUUCCAUUGCCGAACAUCUACCAGAGGUCAAAUAUGCCAUGGAGACCAACCAAGACCCCAAGCUGGAGUGUCCGACGGAGCCCACUCUAGACAGCUUUAGCAUGGUUCCGAACGAACAGGUCUCGCGUUCAUUCGGAAAUUUGAUCCUGGAUUCUACCUAUGACACCGUUGCUGCACCCAACCCCGAACGCUUUCAUGCCUCGCGGCAGUCUAUGUCUGACGCUUCCGAGUCCAUCGAUUUAUCCGCUCCAACAACAGCCAAGACGGAAUCUUCGUCUCAAUAUAGGAAAUCAUCACUGUCUGCCAGUCGAGGAAAUACCCGAAACGACAAGAUGGACGACAUGAUAACUGAGGCGGCUGGAAACAUGAUAAAUGCCAUGACUAAGAUCAUGAAUAGUAAUCAACGAAGGCGAAGCCAACAGGCGGACGUUGCAAGUGAAAUUGGUGAUCAGCACGAGCUAUCCGACCGAAAGCGCGAGGUAUUACAGAAGAUACUAUCGACCGCUUUGGAUCAGCUAUCUAGCCAUGGCGAUCAGGCCAACGCCCAUGCGGCGCCAGUCGACAACACAAACGAGAAGAAAUGGAUCCAGUGUGAGUUCUGCUCGAAACGCACGCGCUUGCGAUGCGAAAUGAAAAAACAUAAGAAGCGGCAUGAACGACCGUAUGGUUGCACCUUUCACAAGUGCAACAAGACUUUUGGCAGCAAAGCUGACUGGAAGCGUCACGAGAACUCGCAACAUUAUCUUCGGCAGAGUUGGCGUUGCACCUUGCAUGAUGUCACGCAAGGGGGGUUGCAAUGCGCUCGCUUGUUCUAUCGGCAAGAGAUAUACAUUCAACACUUGAAAGGGCACCAUCACGCGGGCGACGAUGACGUGCGGGCAGCAAUCCAUAAGAACUGCAUCGGCCAGAGCGAUCAGUCGCAGCUCAACGGCCAAUCGCAGUUCUGGUGUGGUUUCUGCCGAAAUAUUGUUCCCCUCAUGGACCAAGGUCUUGCGGCUUGGAACGAACGUUUCAACCACAUCGAUAGCGAGCAUUUUAAGAAAGGGCAACGAAUUGGGGAUUGGCUUCUCCCCUCCGGACAUGCCACUAAAGAAGGGAUGCGCGAGGAGGAGAAGAGGAAAGCCGUAGCGGACGCAAUCGAGGCUGACGGCGAGCUCGCCGUAGGCGACAAUAGCGACGGCAGUUCCGGAAGCGACUACUAUCAUUCCGACAGCGAUGGCUUGCAAGACGAAGUUGAAGUGACCGGCCACGACAAUAGUCGGGGACUACCUUUUCAGCCAUUCCAGGAUUGUCUUCCGGACAGGUCUUCCGCCGCGCUGUACCGAUCAACAGGGCCGGCAAACUUGCGAAAGCGAAAGCUUCCCAUUCCCCAGCCCACACCGGGUUUCUGUCACGGUCGCAAGGAUCGGAGUUUGAGUAUAGAGAAAAGGUCUAAAACCUAG